GAGUUGUGGUUGGUUGAAUUUGAGCUAUUUCGGCAAUAAGAAAUCCGGGAUCGAACCAGGGACCUUUAGAUCUUCAGUCUAACGCUCUCCCAACUGAGCUAUUUCGGCUGUGAAAACAUAAUGGCCAUGGGCUCUGUCAUGUGAUUGGCCACGGAAAGGUGGACUUAGAGUUGUGGUUGGUUGAAUUUGAGCUAUUUCGGCAAUAAGAAAUCCGGGAUCGAACCAGGGACCUUUAGAUCUUCAGUCUAACGCUCUCCCAACUGAGCUAUUUCGGCUGUGAAAAGAUAAGUGCCAUUUGAUUGGCUACGGAAAGAUGGACUCUGUCAUGUGAUUGGCCACGGAAAGAUGGACUCUCUCAUGUGAUUGGCCACAGAAAGAUGGACUUGGAAUUGUGGUUGGUUGAAUUUGAGCUAUUUCGGCAAUAAGAAAUCCGGGAUCGAACCAGGGACCUUUAGAUCUUCAGUCUAACGCUCUCCCAACUGAGCUAUUUCGGCUGUGAAAAGAUAAGUGCCAUUUGAUUGGCUACGGAAAGAUGGACUCUGUCAUGUGAUUGGCCACGGAAAGAUGGACUCUCUCAUGUGAUUGGCCACAGAAAGAUGGACUUGGAAUUGUGGUUGGUUGAAUUUGAGCUAUUUCGGCAAUAAGAAAUCCGGGAUCGAACCAGGGACCUUUAGAUCUUCAGUCUAACGCUCUCCCAACUGAGCUAUUUCGGCUGUGAAAAGAUAAGUGCCAUUUGAUUGGCUACGGAAAGAUGGACUCUGUCAUGUGAUUGGCCACGGAAAGAUGGACUCUCUCAUGUGAUUGGCCACAGAAAGAUGGACUUGGAAUUGUGGUUGGUUGAAUUUGAGCUAUUUCGGCAAUAAGAAAUCCGGGAUCGAACCAGGGACCUUUAGAUCUUCAGUCUAACGCUCUCCCAACUGAGCUAUUUCGGCUGUGAAAAGAUAAGUGCCAUUUGAUUGGCUACGGAAAGAUGGACUCUGUCAUGUGAUUGGCCACGGAAAGAUGGACUCUCUCAUGUGAUUGGCCACAGAAAGAUGGACUUGGAAUUGUGGUUGGUUGAAUUUGAGCUAUUUCGGCAAUAAGAAAUCCGGGAUCGAACCAGGGACCUUUAGAUCUUCAGUCUAACGCUCUCCCAACUGAGCUAUUUCGGCUGUGAAAAGAUAAGUGCCAUUUGAUUGGCUACGGAAAGAUGGACUCUGUCAUGUGAUUGGCCACGGAAAGAUGGACUCUCUCAUGUGAUUGGCCACAGAAAGAUGGACUUGGAAUUGUGGUUGGUUGAAUUUGAGCUAUUUCGGCAAUAAGAAAUCCGGGAUCGAACCAGGGACCUUUAGAUCUUCAGUCUAACGCUCUCCCAACUGAGCUAUUUCGGCUGUGAAAAGAUAAGUGCCAUUUGAUUGGCUACGGAAAGAUGGACUCUGUCAUGUGAUUGGCCACGGAAAGAUGGACUCUCUCAUGUGAUUGGCCACAGAAAGAUGGACUUGGAAUUGUGGUUGGUUGAAUUUGAGCUAUUUCGGCAAUAAGAAAUCCGGGAUCGAACCAGGGACCUUUAGAUCUUCAGUCUAACGCUCUCCCAACUGAGCUAUUUCGGCUGCGAAACUCCGUGUGGUACCCCCCACAUUUAGAGUAACCCGCACUCGAGAUGUGUCGUAAUUUUUCUGGUCAGCAGUAAACAGGCACAUAAGGCGUGGAUAAUCAUCAGCGGUUCGUUUGGUUUACUUUUUGUCUGCUUGACUAUGGGUUAACGGUUCAUAACGUUCCACGCGAUGACGUCAUUUUAGCGCAGAGACUGCUGGGAAAGCGGUCAAGAAUCGCUGAAGACACGGAUUUAAUGCUGCAACAAAGAUCAUCGCUAUGUGUAACUAAUAUACCUGGAAAAUGGUCCCGUUUUUUUUAGAUGAGACCUGUAUGCACUUCUGCUUAUGAUACGGCAAAAAGUAUAGCAAGCUAUUGUCCGUUUUUCUGUGACUUAAGCGCAUAUAUUCAUGCUCAAGCCUCACUGGGUAGCUAAAGUUAGCUGGCUAGUAGCUGCUUUGUUUUGUUUUCGUUUUACUUGACGGCUAUAUAAGCACUACUCCCCGAGGUCUCCCGGCCGAGGCAGGGGUGCGGACUACCAGAGUGAUGCUUUUCUGUCCGUCCCGGGAAGAUGGAUGAGAAAUCCAGCGGCAGCAGCCACCACCGGUUUCUGAUCGUCCUGCUCAUGGUAUUGCUCUUUGGCGUCAUUAUGGUCCAGUACGCGUGCCCGAGCAGGUCUGAAUGCCAGAUGCUGCACCAUUUGGGAUCCUGGUUUAAGGUUGUUAGUGUGUCUGGUUCCCGGGGAAAUGGACAUGAAAUCCGAGAUCAAAAGGAUCCGUAUGUUGCAGAAGACGGCGCUCUGGUCCGGUUUAUCCCUCGCUUCAACUUCACCAGAGCCGAUUUAAAUCGUGUUGUAGACUUCAACAUCAAGGGAGAUGAUGUUAUAGUUUUUCUGCACAUUCAAAAAACAGGUGGCACGACAUUUGGUCGACACCUGGUGCGAAAUAUUCAGCUGGAGAGGCCCUGCGAAUGCCACCAAGGUCAGAAGAAAUGUACUUGUUACCGGCCAGGGAAAAAGGAAACCUGGCUAUUUUCCCGUUUCUCCACUGGCUGGAGUUGCGGUCUUCAUGCUGAUUGGACUGAGCUAACCCGCUGCGUUCCGUCACGCAUGGACUCAGGAGAGACUCUCAAUAGCCUGCCCAGGUCGGUCAAGGAGGAGAUUUUUUUAUUGAACUAUUAUUAUAUAACCAUCUUAAGGGACCCAGUAUCACGCUACCUGAGUGAGUGGCGUCACGUGCAGCGUGGUGCCACAUGGAAAGCCUCCUUGCAUGUGUGUGAUGGACGUUCACCAACACUGUCUGAGCUGCCAAGCUGCUACUCAGGAGACGACUGGUCAGGUUGCUCCCUGCAGGAGUUUAUGGACUGCCCCUAUAACCUGGCCAACAACAGGCAGACCCGCAUGCUGGCUGACCUUAGUCUGGUGGGUUGCUACAAUGUCUCUGCCAUGAGUGAGGAAGAGCGCUGGGCAGUACUUCUUGAGAGCGCUAAACGUAACCUACGGGGCAUGGCCUUCUUUGGCCUGACGGAGUAUCAGCGUAAGACCCAGUAUCUGUUUGAGUGCACCUUCAACUUGGAGUUCAUCGCACCCUUCACACAGCUCAAUGGCACGCGUGCCUCCAGUGUUGAUGUACCUCCUGAGACCCAACACAGAAUCUGUGAGCUAAACCGAUGGGAUGUAGAGUUGUAUGAGUAUGCCCGUGACCUUUUUCUGCAGCGUUUCCAGGUGGCGAGGCAGCAGGAGCGCAGGCAAGCCAGAGAGAGGCGUCAGCAGGAGAGGAGGCGGCUACGUGGAAGGCUCACAGCAAAGCAAGGAGUGAGGCAGCUGAAGCCCACAGAAACAUCCCAUCAGCCCAACAGCCACUCUGCAGAAACUGAGGAGCAGCAGGGGGAGAAAGCUGAUGGAGACAGUGUAGAGUCAGAAGUGCUACUCCCAAACUGGUGGGAUCUGGAUGAAAAUGGCACCAUGGAGGACUAUGUGGACAAUGUGGAACACUGGUAGUGAUGGGAAUGAGCAGUAGCAUGUCUUAACACUAAAUGUGCCAAGCUCUGCCUUGUCUGUUAUUUUUAGUACAUGCCUUUCACUACAUUUUGUUCUCAUCAUGAGCUGUUUUAAAUAACACAUGUAUUUAUUGAUAUUGAUUGUAACAUUUUUCCACAACUGACAUCCAUAAUAGAUACAUUUCCUUGACAGAAAAAAGGCUGAUUUAGUUGCCUGUAGUCACAUACUGUUCAGUGAUCACACAAGCCUUCUAAACUGUUUUCUGGGUUUUAAACACAUCUGAACUCUUGUACUGUAGCUUGGAACGAGGGGGUGUUUAUUUUGUCUUUAUUAAAAGUAACAAUGUAGUACUUGUUUCUAUAAAAUAUAUUAUUGUUUAUAAUGAGCAAUCUACAUGUUUGCCAAAUUGUUGUUGUGUUGUCUGAAAUGUGUACAUUUCAAUGUAUACCUGUGUUUUAAGUGUCAUUUAAGUACAGAAAAGGAGAAUGGAAUUCUCAUAAUACCUCAGUGUGUUGCAGUAACUGCUAAUGUUGUAAAAUUACUGAAUGUGUCCCAAGUCUCAGUUUUUAUAUAAAGAGCUUUUACAUUCA